AUCGUUUGGGUCUUUGCAAAAGGGAUCGAAAGGUGUUGACAUUAUAGAAAAGAUUCGAUUUGAGUGAAUAUCAAGUGAGGAAUCUUGAAAGCAAGUGAAAAACUGGAACUGUUCCAAGUUGAAAAUUGGUUGGAACCAAAGAUUAUUUGUAUCAAUUAACAUCCUGGAGACAAAAGUGAACCUUAAAGAAUCUGAAGGUGUUUUGUGCUUUUAUCCUAUAUCAUUAAUAUUUACAAUUAAACUGAUAAAAGCUACACAAAGAUGAAGCGUUUCGUUGCAUUGCUGGCAUUAGUCACCCUGGCCCAGACGUUGUCGAUCGACGAUAGAACCCUGGACAUCAACAUCAAUGUGGAGAAAAACUCGAAUCACUAUCACCAUGGAAAGCUGCAGGAAGGAUCCUUCGAAUAUGGACUGGAUGUGAUUAAGCAAGUGGACAACCACUUCCAGCACAAGGUUAAGGGACCGGAUGGAGUAACCUAUGGAUGUUACGGAUUUGUCGAUCCCGAUGGUAAACCUCAUCUGGUCCAUUACGUUUCGGAUCUGAAGGGAUACCGCGUUGUGCCUCCAGAUCAUGCUACCAAGAUUUACAUUUCCCGACUGGAGAAGAGCAUCGAUAACAUCUACCAGGCCUCCUCGGAACGCAACGUCCAGUGGAAGGAUUUGUUCUUCCCACCGGCCUGCCGAAAUCUACAAACCGAGCUGACCCAGAAGCAGCCUCCAACCACCCCACGGCCAACCCUUCCACCGCCACCUCCACCACGCCCACAAACCACCCCGGCCCCUCCUCCAGCUCUGGAACCAGAAUUCUCCGACUCGAGCAACGUUCACGAAUCACGAGUCCUGCCCCAGGAGCCCGGCUGUUCCCGGGUGUGCGACGAACUGAAGGGAGAACUGCAGGAGAUCAAAGCCAAACUGAAGAACCUGAUUGAUUCGCUGGCCGAACGGGAUGCCCACAAGAGACCAUCAUCAGCCUCGGAUGGAAACGGAUCCUACGCCUUCUUCCCGGUCAUGCUGAGUGACCGGCUUCCCGAGGGAAUCGAUGCUAGCAAAGCGAGGUUCGCCUUACCUGCUUCCGGCCAAUGUGGGCGUCAGUGAUAUUGAUGGUUGAGAUUGCAGAAGAGAUGAUGUACCUAGUUUUUUUUUUGUUAAUAUUAGAUUUCAUUCAAGUCAAUGUGCAAUGUAUAGUCGUAGCUUUUAAGCGAAUGAUUGAGAUGUAUGACAGUGCUCUAGCUAUAGGCAAAUAGUAAAAAAGUCAAAAGAUAGUUGUAUAUUAA